GAGCAUCAUCCGCGAUAUUGCCACCACGACACCUGCAACGCUGCGAUUCGAUGCAUAUGGACGCGUAGAAUACCGAUGCAGGCCUUUUUCACGACAAUGCGACGCUCUAAUGCCUCAGAACAACCUUAAGAAGCAUCUCACCUGGUUCCAAUCCACGAAGCCCUUCAUUCCGCCCGCCACUUCGCUCGUUGUAUACGAUCCCGACGCGCCAACGAGUUCAGACACACUUUCGCAGCAACAUGCAUUCUUAGCCGACUCCGAGAUAAACAAUGCGCCCGAAUUUUCUCCAGAACCAGCGCCUGCACCACCCGCUGCCCGACCGAUCCCACCCCGCACCCUUACCCGCACGAAGACGAUAGAUAUACAUAAUCCACCAGGAAGGGAAGGAACGGCUGGGGAUAUGGCGAGGCUGCGGGCCACACCAGGGAGUGGAAAGCCUAGGCUUGUCUUAGCGGGGCUGCCUCCAUAUGGAACAUCUUCAUCGUCGGCAAGUGGAGAGCGGGGCGAUGCAGGAGAGACCCGUGGCAGGACCGGUGGGCUCUCCUGGGUCGACGGGCAAGACGGAAUUGCUGUGGCGAGAAGGAACUCCGGAUCAUCCGUCACGCCAACCUCUACACAGCUGGCAAGCAGGAAACAGCGUGUUCAAACAGUCGAUGUUGAUGCAAUCGACCUUACUGGAGAGGAAGAGGCACCAGCUCGAACGCGCGUUAACAAGGGGAAAAAGCGAAAGAGCGACGAGUUUGAGGAGGAUCUUCGACAUACAAACGCCCCUAGGCUGACGCGGACUACUCCCGUAUUGAGUCCUGGUCUCGCGGACGACGACUUCGCUGACAUUGACGAUAUGGUCAUGGCUCCAGAUGAUCCGCCACCGCCUUAUUCCACUGGCAACACCAAUGCCGUGCGAAUUCGAGUGUCACCAGAGGACGAGAAUCGAUAUGCAGCAGCUACAGAACCUCCGCCGUCCUCACGCAGUCGCAAACGCAAACCUUUGAGCCGUGUACCCUCCGAAACAUCUGCUCCCGCUCGUAAAAUAGGCAAGCAGGCCCGUAGCCCUUCGCCGCUAAAGAAGGAGACAACAUGGACGGAGCAUCUACAAACACCCAAAUCCAGAAGAGUUGUGAUGGAUUCAGAGGAUUCAGAGGAUGACUUUGGCGGGUUCGAUGACAUGGAUCUUGAUGUACAGUCGGAAGUUAGGUCGCCAUCGCCUUUGAAGAAGACACGCAACAAGACUCCAAGCAAGAGCCCAAGUAAACGUCGCCACGAUCAUAUGCCCUUGCCAAUCCGCUCUCCUCUCAAGGUCACUCGAAGUCCUAGCCCUUGCGAGAUGAGGCAUGAUUCGAUGCCGACACCAGUCAAAUCGCAGUCUCCGCGAAAGAAAUCAUCUUCGCCAAAGAAAGCGCAAAGCACACCCAGCAUCUCUGCUUCGCAGUCAAAACCUACUCCACCUUCAUCUGAUCUGUCGAAAGAAGAUUUGGUUACGAUCAAUCAAACUGUCGAGCGAUUUCUAAGCUCCGAAGGGCAUCGUUUGCAAUUCCAUCUAAACGCUGCAAGCUCGGCUUGGGAUAGGGCUCGUGCGGCGUUCGUCGAGCAUUUGGCAGAGGCCGGAAAACCGACUUCAGAUGAACAAGAGAAAAUGUCCUGCGCACGAUCACGGAAAGAAGCUGUUGAGCAGCUGAUCGCUCUGAGGGAAAGACACGUGAGCAUCUGCGCAGAACGUCAGAAAAUCAAGGAAAAGCUCGAGAACGACCUGAAUAUUGGGCACUUUGAUUCGAUCGAAGCGGACGGACAAGCCAUCAACAAGCUACAAAAGCCACUCAGUGAGAUUCAGGUCCAGAUGUACCAUCUUCUAGAUACUGCGGGCAUCAAGCAACGACCCAGGACUAUAGUAAAGACCGAGUCAAAACCUUUGAGCAAUGUUGUCAUAAAUUCAACACAGGCACCCUCUGCUCGGCAGAGGACAAAAGCUCCCUCUGAUUCGGAGUCUGGCCAUGUUCCGCAAACGCAAUAUGUCAGACAGACGCAGGUUUCCGUCCAAGAAGUGUGGACACCUACUCGUAGUAUUCGAUUUGCUAAGGAGCAAGUUGUUACCUCUCCACCCCCACCAUUGAAUUUGGGCUAUCGUGGGUUCAAUGAUGAGGGCGCCAGUAACCGACCCAACCCAAGAACUCAGGAGCGAUCUCACCGCAUACCUGAAACCCCACAGCGCCAUCCACUCCCACCGCGCUACGCGCCUGCUAAUGCUCGCGAGUCUAGCGGGCAAGAAUCUUUCCACACGCCUGACGAAUUCGGAACCAUGGAGUUCGAUGAUGACGACAGCGAAGUCUUAUUUACCGGCACUAUGGGCCGUCCACCUGGGCCUCCCACAGAGAUCAAUGAAUACGACGACAACGCGGUCGAUGACGAUUUCGGUGUGGACGAUGAUGAGGAUUUCCUCCACGAGAUAAGCAACAUCGAGAACCAAGCACCAGCCAGCUUUAACUGGAGAGGCGAAAGGGCAGAAAAUCAAGUGACGGCUCAUUCUCGAGAAGUCCCCCGCGAAACUGCGGUGAGUAGAGUGCAGCAAAGAAACCAGCAAGCCUCGCCAAAGAAAGCACAGUUCAACAUGCCCGGUAAGAACACUGCCGGCAUGAACUUCCCAUGGUCUCAGGAUCUGAGGAAAGCUCUGAUCCACCAAUUUGGCCUCCGGGGCUUUCGACCAGGACAGUUGGACGCUAUUAAUUCCACGUUAGCCGGAAAGCAUUGCUUUGUUUUGAUGCCAACCGGAGGCGGGAAAUCACUGUGUUACCAGCUGCCAUCGGUUAUCACUUCCGGGAAAACACAAGGCGUGACUGUCGUUGUCUCCCCGCUUCUGAGUUUGAUGGAGGAUCAAGUCACUUCCGCUUGCGAACGCUUCGGCAUGCAAGCGUGCUUGAUCAACGGCGAGUCGACGGCGGAUCAAAAGAAACACAUCAUGAACGCUUUGAACAAACGAGAACCCCAAAAGUUCAUACAGUUGCUUUACGUUACACCAGAAAUGCUCAGCAAGAAUCUGAGGAUGAUCGAAACCUUCCAGCAGCUGCAUUCUCGUGGUUCUCUAGCCAGGAUUGUCAUUGAUGAAGCACAUUGUGUUAGUCAAUGGGGCCACGAUUUCAGACCGGAUUACAAAGCGCUCGGAGAUGUCAUACGUCAACUACCAGGUGUGCCCGUCAUCGCCCUUACAGCGACUGCAACGCAGCUGGUCCGUAGCGAUGUAGUUGCAAACUUGGGUAUUCAGAAUUGUUGCCAGUUCUCGCAAAGUUUCAACCGACCCAAUCUGUCAUACGAGGUUUUGCCCAAGUCCAAGAACAUAGUAAAUGCUUUUGCGGAUCUCAUCAAAGAGCGAUACUCCGGCAAAUCUGGCAUCAUCUACUGCUUGUCUCGCAAAAGCUGCGAGCAAGUUGCGAAGAAGCUAUCGGAUCUUGGCAUUCGCGCGUUCCAUUAUCAUGCAGGUAUGGAAUCUAAGGAGCGAUCGGAAGUCCAGCGCAAGUGGCAGAAGAACGAAUAUCAAGUCAUCGUUGCCACGAUCGCCUUUGGAAUGGGUAUCGACAAGGCUGAUGUGCGAUAUGUCAUCCAUCACACUUUGCCGAAGAGCUUGGAGGGCUACUAUCAAGAGACUGGCCGUGCUGGUCGUGACGGCAAACGGUCGGAGUGCUACUUGUACUACCAGUACUCUGAUUCGAGAACGUUGCGAAAGAUGAUUGAAGAAGGAGAGGGCAGUUGGCAGCAAAAGCAACGACUAUUUGACAUGCUGCGAACCGUGAUUCAGUUCUGCGAGAACAAAGCCGAUUGCCGACGUGCUCAGGUGCUGGGCUACUUCAGUGAAUCAUUCGAUCCCGCGAACUGCAAAUCGACCUGCGACAACUGCCGUUCUGAUGCUACAUUUAUCACAAAAGACCUCACCGAGUAUGCUGCCAUGGCCGUCAAACUUGUAGGCGCAAUCCACGAGAAUAACGUCACAAUGCAUCAAUGCGUCGACGCUUUCCGAGGUGCGAAGGGCGCCAAGAUUGGAAAGACUGGUCUGAAAGAGGUUGGGUGGGGUUAUGGAGAAGAUCUGGAACGAGGCGACAAUGAGCGUAUUUUCCAGUCUCUGCUCGAUGCUGGAGCUUUCAAAGAGACGAGUAUUACUAACAAGGUUGGUUUUGCAACCAACUACCUUCAUCCUGCUUCAAGCCGCAACGAAUAUGAAAGCAAACGCAAACAACUGAAACUACAAGUCCGUGCCUCGCCUCGUAAGACUAAGGCCAAAGAGCCGGUCGCAAAGAAACCGAAGAAGCAGCGGUCGGACUGCCCAUCAACAUACGUUUCGUCUCCAGUCAGAGCACCGAAGCAGACAAUCCGCCAAUACACGUACAACCAAGAUGACGACGAGGAAGAUGAAGCCUACUACGACAAGCCUCGGCAUCCUACUCGCAAUCAGAAGGCUCGCGCUCGCGAGGUCAAUGACAACGAUUCCGACGUUGCUGAGUUUGCACCAGUACGCGUUGCGAAGCCUGUAAAGGCUACUAAAGCAAAGGGCCUUGGUGUUCCCAUCACAGUCGACCAAAGAACGACCGGUCUAUCCGAUGUCCAAAGAGACAUCCUCAGGGACUUCAUGGAAGGUGCAAAGGCGACGAGGACCUACAUCAUGAACGAGAAGGGCCAUCGUGGCAAUCCGAUCUUCACCGAUACCGUACUGCGAGAAAUGGGUCUCGAACUUCCUAGCGACUUGGAUGAGAUGCGAGCUAUACCCGGGAUACGACCGGAAAUGGUGGAUAUGUAUGGAAGGCGAUUCUUCGCCCUAAUCAAGAACACUCGAGGGUGUUAUGGAGACGAAGCCCCCGUACGCAAAUAUCUUCCGGCUCGGCGUACACAGGUCGUACAUGAAGUAUCCGAUGACGAUGACGACGAAUAUGGACAACCCGAAGAUCCAAAUCACCGCGUCGUUGUUGACUUGUGUGCCAGUGACGAAGACGAAGUACCGGCCGCCGUGGAAGACGAAAGCGACUACUCUUACGACGACGACGAUGAUGAUGAUGGUGCUGUGCAUACAAGCCAUCAUUUCACCCAGCAUGCGGAUCCAGAGGUUGAGGCUUUCAACAGAACGAUGACACAGCUUCAAGCUCCUACCAGCGCCUCGACUACCAAAGCGCCUGCCUCGAGAUCAGGUUCGAAAGCACCAGGAGCUGGAUACAAGAAGGGCAGGUUUGCUCGAAAAUCUGGAAGUUUUGGCAAGCCUUCUGGCGUUAGGAAGCGGACAGCGGGGAAAUCCUCCAGUAGCAGAGCGUCUGGAGGAGGCUCGGGACCGACCAGAAGGCCUACCGGGGGAGGCAGUCGGAAGGGAGGUGGGGCCGGUGCAGGCGGGAACCAAGGUGGGCAAUGGGCCUCAAUCAUGGCGAUGCCUACGUGAGGGUGGUUGAAUGGAGAUGGUAUGGAUAACAUGUAGAUGUGGUUGUCUUAUGUGACGUUGGUGUUAUUUUGGCGUUUUACACCUGGUGUUAGAGUAUGAUUCAUGAUGAACUGCAUUUUUAGGGCGUUAUCCCCGCAUUUGCUUGCGUAUACAUCUAUACUAUCUUACGCAGAAUAUGCAAUGAAACAGUAUAGCCU